GCACACGGUUGACACGCCGCACUAAUGCCGCCACUAACGGACAGUCGACCGGUCGUCACGCGUGUCCAAGUCGACGUCGUCGUCGUCGUCGUCUUUAUCGUCUAACGUAAUAAUAAUAAUAAUAAUUUUGUCGUCCUCGAAAAAAAAAAGUUUCCCGACUGUAAUCGGUCACCAUGCCGCGAUGAAACGGCAACGUACGGCCAUGUGGUGCGUGAUCGCCACAGUGGCGAUGGCGCUCCUUUGCGAAUUGGCCACAGUGGCGACGGCAGCGGCGGUCGGCCCUUCAGUGAUUAUGGAUGAUCCAGAAUUUACGGAACCCAUAGUGAACGUGACCGUUCCCGCAGGACGCAGUGUGAAGUUGGGAUGCUCAGUCAGAAAUCUGGGAUCAUAUAAGGUGGCAUGGAUGCAUUUCGAGCAGUCGGCUAUACUGACAGUGAACAGCCACGUGAUCACGAGGAAUCCAAGAAUCACUGUUUCGCACGACAAACACCGCACGUGGUUUUUGCACAUAAGCAACGUGCAGCAAGAAGACCGGGGCCGUUAUAUGUGCCAGAUAAACACUAUCACGGCGAAAACUCAAAUAGGAUUCCUCAACGUUGUCGUGCCGCCGUCCAUUUCGGAUUCAUUGAGUAGUUCAGACGCUAUCGUUAGGGAAGGUGCAAACGUCUCAUUGACGUGUCACGUGGACGGUUAUCCGAAACCAGAAAUCAAAUGGAAACGCGACGAUGGCACACAAAUCAACAUCAACAAAACCCUUACCGUCAACGAAUGGGCAGGACAAACGUUGGAGUUGCACAGGAUCAGCCGGUUGGACAUGGGCGCUUACUUGUGCAUAGCCACCAAUUCGGUGCCACCGUCGGUCAGCAAAAGAAUCAAAGUCAGCGUGGACUUUCCGCCUAUGCUUUGGAUACCUCAUCAACUGGUGGGCGUACCGUUGGGUUACAACGUGACUCUGGAGUGUUACACGGAAGCACAUCCGACUUCGUUGCACUACUGGACUCGAGACGACGGCCAAAUGCUGCACGACAACGGCAAGUACAAACCCGUGUCCAUCCAGGGAAACCCGUCUUACAAGGUGCACAUGAAGCUCACCAUUAUGGACGUGUCCCAAACCGAUUACGGCAUGUACAAGUGUGUGGCGAAAAAUUCUCGCGGUGAGACCGACGGCGUCAUUCGGCUGUACACUUCACACCCACCCACUCUGGCACCAGAACUUCAGAGCACGGAGAACCCUUCCCCUUCUGGCAUCCCAGCUUUAGGUCCGCAAUGGCCGACCGGCAACAACGAUUUGGAAAACGGCUCGUCCAACAACAUGAACGGAAAUGAAGGGAAAAAAGCUGGCGACAACACAGUUCUAAACGAGAUCGGUCAAUCGGGACAGACGUUUGCGGCAAAACCGAAAAAUUCCAACGGCCACAAAGGGCUGUCGAAAAAUUCGACACCGGAACCCAAGAUGCCGACCGCAACAUCCUUGUUGCUGGUAACAGCCGUGGCCCGUCUAAUGAUGACCGGCGGCCAGCCGAUAUAAGACCAUAAUAUUAUCAAAAGCACGACAAAAAAUUGUUAAAAAAAAACAAACUCAAAACUACAAAAAAACAUAACAAAUUAACAAGCUCAAUCUCUGUCCCAUUCGUGUCUCGUACCCAAUUCUAAUACCGUGUAAUAUUACCACCGUACUGUCGGCUGUAUCGGUCUUCUUUCUAUCUCCAUAACUCGUUCCCCUCGCCGAGUCACAGCACAAUGAAACAAAUAAAACAAUAACACUAUUAUUAUUAGUAUUGACGACUAUAACUGUACAAGGGGGAAAUAAAGUAUGAAAUACAAUAUAUAUAUAAUAUUAAGAAGAAAGAAGUAGAGUAACACAUAACAGCAGGCAAGUUGGGGAAUACACCCUCGCCCGAUUGAUUAUAAUAUUAUUAUUAUUAUUUGCACGUUCCUCGAGUUCUAACGCAAUUAUUAUUGUAUUACUAUUAUUAUACUAUCGUAUAUUAUCAUUAUUAUUGAAUUAACGUAUUAAUUAUACAUAUAUACAUGUAUAUUUACCACUGGACGAGGAGAGUUCGUUAUUCUCGCCCAAACCGAUUUCCCAUCGUCUCUGACUCUACGCGUUAAGGGUGCAAGCAACUACCUAAAAUUAUCAUUACUACUAUUAUUAUUAUUACUACACGAGUGUGUAUAGGUAAAAAUAAAAUGACUCUAGUAUUCGGCAACGCAUACAAUAUUAUAUUAGAGAAGUGUCACAGGUAUACUACACAUUAGUUGUUUAGAACAAUAUCACUUUACGAUUUUUGUGUACAUAAUUAUAAUAAUACCUAAUAGUUUAUCGAAUCGAUUGAUUUACUUGUAUCAUGUAUCACACACUACACACACACACACACACAACAAAUUAUUAUAGGGCUAGUCAAUUUUUUGUUUAUCAAUUUUUUCCUAUAAUAACAAUUUAUACGGUUUGUAUAUUUUCUUUUUACGUUAUUCGCCGAUUAUUUUUUUACACCGAUAUUAUUUCAUACUUAAUUUGUUUUUUUUUUUUUAACAAUUAUUA